AUGAUCAACACAAACAUCCGGCUUAGUGUGAUGAUCAACACAAACAUCCGGCUUAGUGUGAUGAUCAACACAAACAUCCGGCUUAGUGUGAUGAUCAACACAAACAUCCGGCUUAGUGUGAUGAUCAACACAAACAUCCGGCUUAGUGUGAUGAUCAACACAAACAUCCGGCUUAGUGUGAUGACCUGUGAGGUCAAGGUCAAGGCUGGCCCCUGUUACGUCACUCUUAUGUCUGCAUCUACAACCUGGUGUCGGGUUCAAGAUGGCCGCCUCACCUUCACUCUGGUCACGAACGAGAGUCUCUGGGCUCCCUGUGAGUCUCUGGGCUCCCUAGUCAGUCACCGCCAGAGUCAGCCACCCCAGACUCCAGCCACCACAAGAGUCAGCAAUCGCCAGAGUCGAUACCGCCAGAGUCACACCGCCAGAGUCAGCCACCGCCAGAGUCAGCCACCGCCAGAGUCAGCCACCGCCAGUCAGCCACCGCCAGAACCAGCCACCGCCAGAGUCAGCCACCAGAGUCAGCCACACCGCCAGAGUCAGCCACCGCCAGAGUCAGCCACCGCCAGAGUCAGCCACCGCCAGAGUCAGCCACCGCCAGGUCAGCCACCGCCAGUCAGCCACCGCCAGAGUCAGCCACCGCCAGGGUCAGCCACCGCCAGAGUCAGCCACCGCCAGACUCAGCCACCACCAGAGUCAGCCGCGAGUCAGCCACCAGAGUCAGCCGCCAGAGUCAGCCACCGCCAGAGUCAGCCACCGCCAGGGUCAGCCACCGCCAGGUCAGCCACCGCCAGAGUCAGCCACCACCAAGGUCAGCCACCGCCAGAGUCAGCCACCGCCAGAGCUCAGCCACCGCCAGGGUCAGCCACUACCGGAGUCAGUCACCGCCAGAGUCAGCCACCGCCUGAGUCAGUCACCGCCAGAGUCAGCCACCGCCAGAGUCAGCCACCGCCAGAGUCAGCCACCGCCAGAGUCAGCCACCGCCAGAGUCAGCCACCGCCAGGUCAGCCACCGCCAGAGUCAGCCACCGCCAGGUCAGCCACCGCCAGAGUCAGCCAUCGCCAAGGUCAGCCACCGCCUGAGUCAGCCACCGCCAGAGUCAGCCACCGCCAGUCAGCCAUCGCUCGAUUACACCUAAAUGUUGACAUCAUAUACCUGUGUUCACCUGCACCUGAGUUCACCUGCACCCCACGAGUGUUCACCUGCCCUGUGUUCACCUGCACCACCUGGUGUUCACCUGCACCCAGUGUUCACCUGCCCCUACGAGUGUUCACCUGCACCACAGAGGUGUUCACCUGCCCCUACAGUGUUCACCUGCACCUGUUCGAGGUGUUCACCUGCACCCUACGAGUGUUCACCUGCACACAGUGUUCACCUGCACACCUGCCGAGUGUUCACCUGCACCCACGAGUGUUCACCUGCCUGAGUGUUCACCUGCCUACGGUGUUCACCUGCACCUACGAGUGUUCACCUGCACCUACGAGGUGUUCACCUGCCCCUACGAGGUGUUCGCCUGCCCCUACCCAGACGAGUGUUCACCUGCACCUACGAGGAGUGUUCACCUGCACCUACGAGGAGUGUUCACCUGCACCUACGAGGAGUGUUCACCUGCACCUACGAGGAGUGUUCACCUGCACCUACGAGGAGUGUUCACCUGCACCUACGAGGAGUGUUCACCUGCACCUACGAGGAGUGUUCACCUGCACCUACGACGCGUGUUCACCUGCCCCCUGUCCUUCCAAUUAUAUUCACUGA